GUCUUCGCAAGUUAUAUUAGUACGGACUACGGAGAAAAUUCGGCCGGAGGUUUUAGGGUUUUGUGUUCUUCAGCGUUCGGUGACCCAGUCGUUUGCUUUCUUCUUCUCCUCCUCCUCCUCACUGAACUAUACCCGAAAGGAAAACAAGUAAAUCCGCAAGCAUGACUGCUGAGACGCAGGAGCAGUUGUUGGCCGCCCAGCUCGAAGCUCAGAAGCUUCAAGAUCCUGAACAACCCGUAGUUGAGGAUGACGAAGAUGAUGACGAGGAUGAUGAAGAUGACGAUGACAAGGAUGAAGAUGACUUGGAAGGGCUUGGAGAUGGAAGUGGCAGAUCAAAGCAAACUAGAAGUGAAAAGAAGAGUCGUAAAGCAAUGUUGAAGCUAGGAAUGAAGCCCAUGACUGGUGUCAGUCGAGUUACUGUCAAAAAGAGCAAGAAUAUUUUGUUCGUCAUCUCGAAACCCGAUGUCUUCAAGAGCCCAACAUCAGACACCUACAUAGUCUUUGGAGAGGCUAAGAUUGAGGACAUAAGUUCACAACUCCAGACUCAAGCGGCAGAGCAGUUCAAGGCUCCCGAUCUGAGUCACGUUAUUCAGAAACCCGAGACUUCCGCCUUGGCUCAGGACGAUGAGGAGGUGGAUGAAACUGGAGUCGAGCCAAAGGACAUUGAGUUGGUGAUGACACAGGCAGGAGUAUCUAGGCCACAAGCUGUGAAGUCUCUCAAGGCUGCAGAUGGUGACAUAGUUUCUGCCAUCAUGGAGCUUACCACCUGAUGUGCUGAACUCGAAAAGUGAGAAUAGCAGGGCCUAUAAAUAUCUCUGUUAUGAUCCAUGGUGCUGCAAACUGUUCCCCGAGGCUGGAAUAUUUCUCUGAUCUUGCUGUUCGCUGAAUUUGUGGUCUCCUGAUGUAUUACUGAAACAAGGCAAACUUGGUUUUUGCUUGGAGUGGGAUGCUUUUGUUUUAUGGGUCGAGAAGGUUAAGGUUAAGGUUGCUAUUUAAGCGAUCUUUCUAAUGUUCC